GCUGACGAGCUUUGUCUCCCUUGUGCCGCUUUGAACUCGCCGCAAUCUGGCGGUCUAUUUUUACGCCUCCUCGCCCAUUCGACUGCUGGCUUGCUAGGCAGCAUAAAGCGACCCUAGCAAAAAUGUCCAGCCAUAAGACUCGACCCGCUCGGUCAAAUAGCUUGCAGCGCAUGCUUGAGCUCGAACGUCGUUACAUGCUCGAACGACUUGAAGCUUCGCGCAAUUCUAUAUCUAAACCCGACACUGUCUCCAGACCACCACCUGCGCCGUCAAGUCGCCCAGCAGCUCAGGCUUAUCGCAUUGAAUCCUCGACUCAAAAGGAUGCUCGGAAGGGCGCUAGCACAACCAGAGACAAGAUGCCCAUCACUCAAAUAGUUCCGCUCACCAUCAACAUCAGCUCCACCAAUCUUGGGCUGGAUGCGACAACCGAGACGGGUACCGACGCGCAAAUAAAAACGGUAAUUUUACCUCAAAGUCAGCCAGGGAGCAAGCCGGUACUUAAAGCUGUAUCAUUUGAUGUUCCCCCAAGUGGUGAUGAAGAUGAACGAAGGUCCAUCUGCCAGUCUCCAAGUUGGGAGGCAUAUGGCCGGCGCAAAAAAACUGAGAAAAAGGAUGUGAAAAAAGAGCAGAAGAAGGAGCAGUUGAAGAGGGAGCAGCAGAAGAAGGAAGAGGAGAGAAAGGAACAAGAGAGAAAAGAGCAGCUGAGAAAGGAGCAGCUGAGAAAAGAGCAAUUGAAAAAGGAACAGCUGAAGAAGGAGCAGCUAAAAAAAGAACAGUUGGAAAAAGAACAGCGCAAAAAGGAGCAGCAGGUGAAGGCAACAAAGCGUGAAAAGGAGGAAUCCACGCUCAGGAAUGCUUUAAUUAAGAAGAAGCGCUUGAGCAAGCAACCUCCCGCUUCUUCGCCGCAUGCCAUAGACCAAGCGAAUCGUAUGACAUCCGCGGCGGCGCUGGCGGCUUCGAGAGAUAGACAAAGACCUUCAAGCGCUCUAGAAUUUACAACUCCCUCCGGAGAUGAUGUGCCCAGUCGCCCUCAUCAUGGACGAUCAGGCUCUUUCACCUCUCUGAUCAGGUCUCCCUUUGAGUCUCGGCGGGCUUCCCUUGAAACCUCUCGUCCCAGUGAAACCGGCUUUAUUGGAGGCAUAAAGCUGGAAAUUCAACGACACGCCGCCUACCAAAAAACUGUGGAAGGGCCUGAGAAGAUGGAUGAGUCUAAAAUCCAUCCAGCGCUCCGGACGAACAAUGCGCACAACCAAAAGUGGUCUGCUCCCCCUGCCCGCCCAAAUCCAGAGUCUCAGCGACGGGCUUACCCUCCCAUCACGAGACAUCCAGCUACUGCAGCCAAGACAAGGUCUCUCAUCUCUUCGGCAGAAAUGGAUGCUUCAGAUGCGGGAACAAUGGACAGAUGGAGAGCCUUUGUUGGCUUGAAGCCCAAGGACUCCGGGGAGUCAUCAAAGGCCGCUACUCAGCAACAAGCUUCGAAGCAGCCCGUCACGACCAAUGAGGCAGCAAACCCUGCGUCUGCGGUGUCACCGCCUCAGACAAACGUGAAGGAGAAGCCGGCCGUCGUUGCUGCUUCCCAAACAAGCAGAGGCCCUGACAUCUCCCAGCCAAAUCUCCCAAACGGCAGCGGGAAGCCUUUGGACCAGAGCUCAAAACCUAAGCUCACUGUAUCUACCGCCAUUCUCCCGUCAAAUAGCCCCGUUCCUGCUCCAAGGCCACAGCCCAGGGAAAAGACAGCCCAGCCCAGCCUUGUAUCCUCCCCUGAUGGUAUGAAGAGCGGCGAAAUUGCAGAUAAAGGUCUCACUCAGAAUGUAGCCUCUUCACAGCUAUCUUUGCCACCAGCCCCACCUCGUCGAAGUUCAAAGAGAAACUCACUUCUGAGCUUGAAUUCAGUAUCAUCUGUGUCUUCACCACGCUCACCGGCACAUAGACCUAGCAGCUCUGACUCGUCCAAUAGCAAUCAUGAUCUAGCUGCAGUUAAAUCAAACGGAGUUUCCGAGUCUCAUACAACUGUCACAACUCCGCAUGGACGGGCUCACAACUCCCCCAACCUAGUGACGAGCGCUAUCGAACCAAAAGGUGUAGAGCUACAGGGGGGUGGUGCAUCUCUGCGUACGUCUACACCACGAGAGGCCAGUCGCAUUGCUAGGGACCACAGGCCGGACCCAAUAAACAUACCAUUAUGGGACGAUAUUGAGUCUUCUGUUUUGCAAGCGAUCGACACAAAAAUAUCGCUAUCUCCGAUCCGCAAAUCUCACAAUUCCUUGCGGGACGAUAGCGAUUUCACCGUUCGUCGGCUCACAGACGGCCCAGCCCCCACGACCUCGGGAGAUGACUCUUCGUCUGACGAUUUCCACUCAAUAUCGAUGCCUGGUACGCCUGACACCUCCCGAGCUCAAUCCGAAAAGGAUAUUCCCCCCAUGAAAGAUGCUGAGAGUAAGCGAUUAGCUACGGAGAGUCGCAUGAGAACUAGUUCCCAAAGCCCAGCUAGACAGCCGCUUCUCCUCCAGCCAGGGGCUGGCUCGAGCCAGAAUAGUCUGGGGCUGAAGAAUUCACGACCUGUGGGCAAAACGACCACUGCUGUUGUCCCCGGACAAGCCAUUUACCACCGGCUUCAGUUGGAGGCUGAUGUGAUACCUGGAGCCGAUUUCCUACCGAAGUUGAAGCAUCAGCCUCUAAAGGUGGUGGAACACGUAGCGAUGCCAAAGCAGCACCUUCAGUCAACACUGCUAGUCCCUGGGCCAGCUUUAUACCUCGAAGAAGCUCGGAAGGCAACUCCCUUGGCCCCUCCUCCUCCACUGCUAGGAUCGCCUCGCCUUGGUCCAAAAGUCACACCGCCAUCCUCUAUCCGGAGCCAGCCUUCAUCCACAUCUGACCUUGCACUCGCAAAGGCGCCACGGCACGUACCAGGGUCGCCUGUUGUUGGAGGCGAACCAAUUGCAAAGAUGUUUGUCGAGUGCUGCGGAUGCAAAUACUUUCACGACAUGCCCAGCAACCUCUAUGAAGCUAUGGCUAAUCCAGAAGCCAUCAUUCGCCCGAGAGGUAAUGUUGGGUUCGCUGGCGCAGUAUCUAUGACUGUGAAGUGCCCGUGGUGUUCCCACGAAAUGAGCACCAAAUGCUGUGCUGGCUAUGCUGCCAUGGUCUAUGUGAAGGAGAGACUGCACUAAUAAGCGCGCCGACCUCUCCUUUGCUUCUGUUCAUAUCAAAACUAUUUAUGAUUUUACGACUUUUCUCAGCAAUAAGCUUAAGCUUUUGCAACGAAUCUCUUUCCAAAUAACUAACCAUAAUAGGAAGAAUUAUCUGAUGGACUUCUCUCGUCACUUUCGUUUUCUUUUUCUUUCUCAUUUAUGAUGAUUAUGAUUAUGACAAUGUAUAAAAGCUUGAAAGAUAAUUAUGGACUACACUAAUUACCAAGUUUGCUUUGGAUUUGUUGCUGAUAUGGACA